AUGAUUAUAUUUUUCCAUCAAAUAAGAGAUAUUUUUAAUAGGUCAUAUUCCAAAACUUAUCAAAUAUAUUUAUCACGUAAAGCCUUCUUCCAGUUAUUAGGAUAUCUAGGCAGUUGUGUUGUAAUAUCUCUUGUAGCACAAUCUAGGCGCUUUGAAUAG